AUGGAUGACAUGGCUACAAAUGCUGAUAAUUGCUCCUCCAAGCGCUGCCGUAUUGAAAUCGCAUCGUCUUGUACUCGUUUCAAUUCACGCUGGCUUUCAGUGGUAGCCUUCAGUGAAAAGAAACCUUAUUGUGAAGAAAAGAAUAAAAGAGGACGAGUAAAGGACUUAGUGCUAGCCUACCACAGUGAGUCUGAGAUGAUCAAAUCUCCAAAAAUACAUUCAGGCAAUCUGGAUAAAAACUGA